AUGGGUCUCGCGCCAAACUCCUACUUCCUUCCAAACUUCCUAUCGAACUUCCUGCCACCUUCAUCCUCAACAUCACCUUACUUCGCCUUUUCGCCCUCGAUCUUAGUCCCAACCUUUGGGGCCUACACAGUUGCUUGUUUCUUUAAGGUAAUCACUUCCUUUCCACCUGGAUGGCAGGAGCUUAUCGUUACGGAUAGAUCUGACAUCAUCCAACCCUCAUCAUGGCUCCCCAAGCCGAAGGGGAAGGCUCCAGUUACUACACCUCGCAAGCGACCAGUGGCCCAGAUGUCCAGCUCUCCCGAGUCGCAGGCGCCCGCCACGCCUGUUCCAUCUGUUGUCACCUCCUCCACAUCACGUUCUCGCACUAUCCGUCCGUAUCGUUCGCCUGAAGUUGAGGACGAAGCUGAGGAUCUCGAAGGCUCCGUCGUUCCUGAGUCUGAGGCUCCAAAGGAUGAGCGCACCGUGCUUGGGUGGAAGGUCGCUGCCCGCUGUGAGGUUCCUGAUUCUGCAGGACGCCUUCGCGCUGGCUCCUGCCCGUGCUGCAUGAAGUGUGCGCACACGUAUUACAACUUCCCAGGCCAGAUGUGCUGGGUCCCUUCCGGCAUGGCCAAGUGUGCAGACUGCCUUCGGGGCAACCACGCGUGCGUUCCAGCUGCUGCCCAGCUUGGCGCCGAGUUGGAGGCCCUCCAGCUUGCGGCCGACGCUCUCCUGAACUGUUGGGCCGACGACGAAGAUGCUGGCCUUGCUGCUGAUUCUGAGGCUACUGUCCAGGCCAUCAGCGCCCUUCACGCUGCCCAGCGCGUAUACAGCAAUGCCACCAAGGCCAAUACCAUUACGUUGUCCCAUCCUUGCUUCCUUGUGCUUGCUUCCUGUGAUAUGCCUCGAUUAACGAUAGCCCUACAUCAUGUUUUGGCACCCAUUGGUCGUCUGCGGCUGUAUAACCAGCCCAUCUAA